AUGAUCGAGGUCCAAACUAAGGAAAAUGCAAAAUGCACCAGAGAGAAAGAGAAAAGGGAAAAGCCAUCCUUGUUACCUGGGUACUCGGUUGGCAGUCGAGUACCACCUGGCACUUACGAGGUACGUCCAAUUAAUCAUAGUGCAGUCUGUGUUUUACUCGGUAAAUGUGGAAAUUGGUGGAAGCAAGAGUAG